GGCAGUUAGUCUGGAGCCUGGCAGCACACGCUUCCCCAAGAUGGCGGCUGCUAAGGACGGUUGUGGCCUCGGAGAAGUGGCCACAGGGAAUGGGCGGCGGCUCCACCUGGGGAUUCCCGAGGCCGUGUUUGUGGAAGAUGUAGAUUCCUUCAUGAAACAGCCUGGGAAUGAGACUGCAGAUGUAGUACUAAAGAAGUUGGAUGAACAAUACCAGAAGUAUAAGUUUAUGGAACUCAACCUUGCUCAAAAGAAAAGGAGGCUAAAAGGUCAGAUUCCAGAAAUUAAACAGACUUUAGAAAUUCUUAAAUACAUGCAGAAGAAAAAAGAGUCCACCAAUUCGUUGGAGACCAGAUUCUUAUUGGCAGAUAACCUGUACUGCAAAGCUUCCGUUCCUCCUACUGAUAAAGUGUGUCUGUGGUUGGGGGCUAAUGUAAUGCUUGAAUAUGAUAUUGAUGAAGCUCAGGCAUUGUUGGAAAAGAACUUAUCAACUGCCACAAAGAAUCUUGAUUCACUUGAGGAAGACCUUGACUUUCUUCGAGAUCAAUUUACUACCACAGAAGUCAAUAUGGCCAGGGUUUAUAAUUGGGAUGUAAAAAGAAGAAACAAAGAUGAUUCUACCAAGAACAAAGCAUAAUGUUGGCGCUUAAAAAUGUGGUUCAGCUUUCCAGACAUAAUGCUAUUUUAAAUAACCCAAAAUCUACAGUUAAAGAUUAACAUAACUUUGAAUGUUUUUUUUAGCAGCAAGAAUGAUUAAAACUUUUCAGGAAGAUAAACACCAUUUUAUUUAUUUAUAAAAACAAAAUUAGUUUCCAACAUUUUAUGAAAUUAGCAGUAUUUUCAUUUUUUUUUUUUUUUUGCAUUUCCCAAUAAAAUAAAUGCUGCUUUCAUCAUAUUUUUUCUGUCAUGAGAAAACUUUGUGUUGCAGUAGCCACAGACUGAAUGCCGGGCACUAGCACAGUUUACUUUUUCUUUAUUGGCUGAUGUUGCUCUGGUUUAAUGUGGUGAAACCAGUUUAGAGGUAGGCAAGACAAUUUGAAUAUUUGCAGACUUGGUUCUUCAGCACAUGUGGAGUUUUAUGACUCUCUUUGGCUGUUCAUUUGUCUUAUGUAAGUGGGGUUCCAUGAGUUACUGGUUAACCAUUAACUAUUAAAUCUGAACUUUUCAGGACAUGGUAAUUUGCCUUUCUAAACAGGAAGAGGGCUAUUGAGACUACACAUUUCUUAUCCCAAAUAAGUGCACAGUGUCUUUGCAAUGGCAGCAUAGGAGACCUCGACCAAUGUGAAAUCAGAUUACCCACUCAGCACUCUUGGCUAAGGCAGUUUUAUAUUUAUUAAUGGUUCUCCAAAGCAGCUUAAUAAGAAUACUAAGGCAAAUGUAAAUCUGCAGUGGAAAAGAGUUGUAAGUUUUUAUUCAUGAUAAAACCUCAGAAUUAAUUAAAAAAAAUUCUUGUGUAAAGCUGUUGGUAGAGUGGCUAGUGGUAGAUGAUACAGAUUCUGGUAAAAAUAUAAAUGUACUAUUCCCUCUUUGUGUAGUAAAAAACUUGUACAAUGUUUUGUACUUGUAUUUCAUGAUAUUAAAACAAUGAAGUUCAAA